GGACGAGGUUGUUGACGGGCGGACCGACGGACCUUCUGCCUGGACGAGGCCGCGCCGUGCCGGCUCGAGACGCAGCCAUGUCGGGGGACGAGAUGAUUUUUGAUCCUACUAUGAGCAAGAAGAAAAAGAAGAAGAAGAAGCCUUUUAUGUUAGAUGAAGAAGGGGAUGCCCAGACAGAAGAAACUCAGCCCUCAGAAACAAAAGAAGUGGAACCAGAGCCAGCUGAGGACAAAGAUGUAGAAGCUGAUGAAGAAGACAGUAGGAAAAAAGAUGCUUCGGAUGAUCUAGAUGACUUAAACUUCUUUAAUCAGAAGAAAAAGAAGAAAAAAACAAAAAAGAUAUUUGAUAUUGAUGAAGCUGAAGAAGGUAUAAAGGAUCUUAAGAUUGAAAGUGAUGUUCAAGAAACUGCUGAACCAGAGGAUGACCUUGACAUUAUGCUUGGCAAUAAAAAGAAGAAAAGGAAGAAUGCCAAAUUCCCAAAUGAAGAUGAAAUAUUAGAGAAAGAUGAAGCUUUAGAGGAUGAAGACAGCAAAAAAGAUGAUGGUAUCUCAUUCAGUAACCAGACAGGCCCUGCGUGGGCAGGCUCAGAAAGAGACUACACAUAUGAGGAGUUACUGAAUCGAGUGUUUAACAUCAUGAGGGAAAAGAACCCUGACAUGGUUGCUGGAGAGAAAAGAAAAUUUGUGAUGAAACCUCCGCAAGUUGUUCGAGUAGGAACCAAGAAAACUUCUUUUGUCAACUUUACAGAUAUCUGUAAACUAUUACAUCGUCAACCCAAACAUCUCCUUGCAUUUUUAUUGGCUGAAUUGGGUACAAGUGGUUCUAUAGACGGUAAUAACCAGCUUGUAAUCAAGGGAAGAUUCCAGCAGAAACAGAUAGAAAAUGUUUUGAGAAGAUAUAUCAAGGAAUAUGUCACCUGUCACACGUGCCGAUCACCAGACACAAUCCUGCAAAAGGACACCCGACUUUAUUUCUUACAGUGCGAAACUUGUCAUUCUCGAUGCUCUGUUGCCAGCAUCAAAACCGGCUUCCAGGCUGUCACAGGCAAGCGAGCACAGCUCCGUGCCAAAGCUAACUAAUUUGCUGAUCAACCACUGAUUUUUCGAAGUGUGUUGUGAAGUUUUGGCUGGACAGGUUUACCAUCAGAGUGGAUAUACCAUUGUAUUAAGACAAGAUAGAAAAUCUGCCAACUUCUUUGGCAUGUGGCUGGUUGGUCCGAUAUCCUUGCAAGAUGCCGAUUUGCAAGCAGUUGACAUACUCAUUGCCUACUUUUAACAACUGUCAGAAACACGAUGGGAUAAGGAGGUGCUUUUUUAAAAUCGUUCGUUCAUAGAGUUCUGUAAGAUGCAAGAUAAAUUAAAGUUAUUAUAACAGUGAAAAAAAAAAAAGAAAA